UUUUGUCGCGCUGCAAUAAUGGUCAUGCAUAAUGAAACAACUAUCAUUCCCUUUUCCUUUUGGUUCGAAAUAUUCUCUCAGUUGUGUCGCAGAAAUGGACUUCGAUGGUAGUCGAUACUUUACGCUUAACCGGAUAAUGUUAUCAUCUGUCGGGCUAUGGCCGUACCAAAAUAAGUGGCAUGUCCGAAUUCAAAGAAUGUUUUGCUUACUUAGUUUUUUAUCUUGCAUAAUAGUUCAGUUAUUUACAUUUCUUACAUUGGAAUAUAAUUUGGAUCUUCUUGUUGAAGUUUUAUCAUUCAUAUUUCCUUGUCUCAUUGUUAUCUUGAAAUAUACCACAUAUUGGGCGAAAAUCAAAUCAAUAAAAAAGUUAAUGGAGAUGAUAAAGUAUGAUUGGAAUACAAUAAGAAAUGAAGUAGAAUAUGAAAUAAUUAAAAAACAUACUUAUACUGGAGCAUUUUAUUCACAGAUAUUUGCAGUAAUGACCUAUACUAUGCCGACAUUUAUCGCUUUUAUGCAUCUUAUACCGAAUUUUCUUGAUUUUGUGGCGCCACUUAACCAGUCUCGUCCGCAUCAUUGGCUAAUUUUGACAGAAUAUUUUGUUGAUAGCGACGAAUAUUUUUAUCCAAUUUUUCUACACCUGAUUGCGAACCUUUUUCUAAUUCAAAAUACGCUAAUGUCUACCACAUCUAUAUAUGUAGCAUUCAUACAGCAUACUUGCGGAAUGUUUGAAAUAGCUAGCUAUCGUAUUGAACAUGCUCUAAAUAAUUAUAAACAAAGAAAUUUGAUGUUUGGAAGACGUUGCUCAACUUGCACUAAAAUAAUCAGUGCUGUCGACAUUCACAGAAGAGUUAUCGAGUUUUUUGAAUUUUUGAAAGAAACUUUUAUAGUAAUGUACUUUUUUCUACUCGGUCUCGGCAUAGCAUCUUUAACUGUUAGUCUGUACCGCGCUGUAAUUACAAAGGGAAUUAUUAAAAAUAUCAUGCCAAUAACGUGCGUAUUUAUUCACAUAUUUUAUUUUAUUUUUGUCACAUAUUCGGGACAAAAAGUGUUGAAUCAUAGCAACGAUUUUUUAUUAAGAACAUAUAAUUCUAACUGGUAUAUGAUGCCGUUGCACUCGCAAAAGUUGAUGUUAUUUGUAAUAAAAAGAAGUUUGAAAAAUUGUAUAUUGCUUGUAGGUGGUAUCUUUGUUGCGUCAUUGGAAGGUUUUGCUACGGUAAUAUUAUUUUUUUCGUUUUUUAACAAUGAUGUUACGACAUACGUGCCAACCUCUUUACAAAUGCACAUCUUGUUCUAGAGUAUGAGUUUAUCUUUGUCCUACUUUAUGGUACUUUAUUCAGUACGAUGAUAUUGUAAACAAUUAUUUACGAUCAAUAUUAUACAUUAAAAAAAAAUAAUUAUUUUAUUAAUAGUAAUGUAUAAUACAAUUUGAAACAUUUUAUGACUAUAUAAUUUUGUAAUUUCACAAAAUUAUAAGGCAUCACCAAAUAUUGUAUUUUGUCUUCUACAUAUCGAAUAAUAUAAAUGUGUUAUUUUUUAGUAAUUAUUUUAUGUCUUCAUUACUUCUACUUUGAUGAAACGUCAAAGUAAUAUUAAUCAUAAUUUUAAAUAUUUAUAAUUUACAUCAUUUCAUAAAUUUUAAUAUAAAAUGUAAUAUAACGUGUAAAUAUAAAGCGCUCUGUCUUCAUGUAUCUUAUGGAUAAAAUUACGAAACGUGAUGCACGGCAAACUGAAUAAUACUAACAGACAGACUAAGUAAAAUGGAGCGUAACUGUAACUGCGCUUGCGUAACAAAAAUAAAAUAGAGAGAAUGUUUCCAAGAAACACUUUGAUAAAAGUCUGUAGAAUGAUACAUAGAAUAAAAGCAUAAUUUA